AUGAAUCUAGUUACAACUGUAAUCGCCAUCACCUCUGCACUAGCUAUUAUUCUAGCUAUUGUUUCCUUCUGAUUACCCCAAAUAACACCAGACCACGAAAAAUUAUCCCCCUACGAAUGCGGCUUUGAUCCCUUAGGCUCCGCCCGCCUACCAUUCUCCCUUCGCUUCUUCCUUGUUGCAAUUCUAUUCCUUCUAUUUGACCUAGAAAUUGCCCUUCUCCUACCCUUACCCUGAGGAGACCAACUUGCAUCCCCCUUACUAACUUUCCUGUGGGCCUCAGCCGUUUUAGCCCUUCUAACCUUAGGUCUUAUUUAUGAAUGACUCCAAGGCGGCCUAGAAUGAGCCGAAUAG